AUGAAAGCAUUGGUUUGUCGAGUCUGUCAGAAGGCCUUCUCGAAGGCUGAGCAUUUGAGGAGACAUGAACGUUGCCACACGGGAGCUAAGCCAUUUGUCUGCAAAGAAUGUCGUCGACCUUUCGCCCGCCAGGAUGCCCUUGCGCGUCAUGAAAAAUUGCACAUACGUGCUGCAAAUCCAAAGCUCCCUCAAGGGCAAUAUGUAAAUGAAAUUGCCCAUCCGACUUCUCUCGAUACUCUCCCACCAUGGGAUACUACGAGAGCACCAGUAGAUGCCACAGUAUCAGAGUCCGCUCCGUGUCAGACAUGGGAUUCUUCACAACCUGAGCAGAACCCUGGAUUGCAGCAUGCAGCCUCCGAUCUUGACUUCGGUCUGAUAUGGCCCGAUUCAGAGAACCUGUUUCAGAGUAUCAUGUCAUCGGACACAACAGAUCAAUGGCAGAUGCCUUUGGGGGCACUUCCUUUCCCACCUGUAAUCCAAGAUAUCAAUCUAAUGAGCUUUGGGUCUCCUAAUUCUUUCGACGAUCGUAGUUCGUCAAUAGGCACGAUACCCUCUGGUGGCAGUCAUCAGGCUGUACGAGAUGUCACAGAAAUGGUGACGAGCUCUUCCUCGAGUGUGACGGCCGCAAUAAAGGCAACAUCAAUCACAUCGGUGUUCCUGGAUGAAUGCUUGCAUAUGUUCUUUGUGCGGUUCAUUCCUACAUUUCCCAUCUUACACCGAGCUACCUUUGUUUUCCGAGAGUGCACUCACCCUCUUCUUCUAAAUGCAAUGGCGCUGGGUUCUCUGUACUUGGGACCCAAAGAUUCUGUUGCGAAGGGUGAAGCCUUAUGGCGGUUAGCACAUACUGCCGUUGCUACCUCGUGGCAAUCACUCAUCUCACACCGCGGCCCGUAUGAUGCAUGUAAAGGCGUUCAGCUCCUCAUCACUGCCCUUUUAGGACAGAUUUACGGUGCAUUGUCCAAGAACCGACUUAUCCGCACUACGAGUCAAGUCUUUCGUCCACUCGGAUUCUUUUGGGCUAGGCAUUGCGGCAUGUUAGGUAGCGAGCCUUUCUCAAAGGAAAGCUUACCAUUUCCCAACGCCUCAAUGGAGGAGAAGGAACAAAAAUGGCGGACCUGGGCUGCAAGAGAGAUUCAACAGCGCGCACUACUCGCGUACCAUAUCCAUGACGGGCUCGUCGCACAGAUGUCUGGAGAUGGGACUUCCACUCGCCAUGUUGCCAAUCCUCUUAGCCUCCCUAGCAGUGAAGCUGCAUUUGACGCCAGUAGUGCAGACGAAUGGCUGGUUCAUAUGAACUCUCAAAGACCCGAUCAACCAUCCUUUCGGUUGGUUUUCCGCUCUCUUUUCCCUCCGGUUAGCAGCUUUCGGCCUCUGGAUUAUCAACUUUCUGCCUUCGCCCUUCGAGUUGUCCUUGAAGGCCUACAAUCUCUGGUAUCGGACUCAGACGAGGAUGACCUUGUCGCUGUGGGUGUUCCAAGCCGUUCGGAUGUGAGGAGAGCUCUGGCUCAAGUGCACGAGACCGUCUCCAUGAGCAUCCAUCUUUCCUCUCCAGAAAGGCUCGAGGUCCUUCUGCGUUGGCACACGAUAUGUCUCGACACUAUGAUUAACUCGACCGUUCUUUGUAGGUAUGUUUGCACUUGUUACGACAUUGCGCAACACGUGUCUGGGGGCUCUCGAACAGUCAAGCCUGGAUUCGAUAUGACGAAAUGGGUCAGCACGUCUGAUGCACGUCGUGCCCUGCUGCAUGCCAUUGCGAUUCAAGACAUCAUCGAACAACUUCCUCGGGGACGGGCUCAUGUAAUUCAUAUGCCAAGCUCCCUCUUCGCUGCAGCGACAAUCUAUGUUGUGUUCUCGCUGGCUGGGAUUGCAACAAUUAACCUCCCACAUACCAUUGUUUGGCAGGACGCACUUCUUUCACACGCCGAUUUGAACCUAGGCUGCGACAAUAUUCGGUCAUCUGCUGGCUCGGAAACAAGACGUUUUGUUGAAGAAGGCCAAACUUAUUCUCCGCCCGGUUUAGGGGCUGUGAGGAACUUACUGUACGAAAUGAACUCGAUGCAAAAGCUUUUUCGCUGUUUAAUAUCCCAGUGGGGCAUUGCUCAUGAUAUGGAAGAAAUCAUCAACCAUUGGAUUACACUGUGUCACUGA